CGCGCGCGUUCCCGCGGCGACUAAAAAAAAAAUCGCCCCCCCCCCCCCAGCCGAUUUAAACGCGCGCGUGAAAAAAACCCAACAACCACACAACCGUGACAAAUCAACAAACUCCAACGGCAGGCGAGGCUUUACGAAAUUUUACAAUUGUUUUUUUCUCCCCCCCCCUCCACCCCGAACAAACAGGAGAAUUUAAACCCCCCGCUGGUGCUAAAACUAAAAAAAAUUUUAAAAAUAAAUUGUUUCGCAAACCCCCUCAGCCCCCCCCCCCCCAAUUUGUUUUAUUAAUUUUCCACAAAGACACGCCGGGCAAGACGCCGAUGUUCGCUAGGCCCAAGCCUACGGUCUCGCCUGGACUGCCCGCCGGGGACGGCGCCGCCUGACUCGGCCGCCGAGGCGGCGACAAGCGGCCGCCGCGGAGGAUGUGGAAAGAGGGCGGCGGCGGCGGUGGCAGCAGCGGCGGCGACAGCGACAUCAGCCCUCGCCCAGACGACUCUCGGCCGCGUCUCGACGAUUCUCACAAACGAAAAAUCGACGGCGACGCGGGGCCUCCCGGCGCCAAGAGGACACCGCGGGCGGCCGAGGCCGGUGGAGGCGGCGCGCAUGGACACGGAGGUCGAGUCGGCGACAUCCCAUUGUCUCUGUCCACCCGGCCACACGAUCACGGUGGAGGCUUCCCCUUCUACCGCCAGCCCGUCGAGGUCGGAUGCUUCUCCCUGGACGCCGAGCGGCGCUUCCACGCCGACGCCAGGCAGCUGCGCUACUAUGCUCCACCAAAAGGGGACGACGGCGGUGGUGGUGGCCGUGGACGGGUCCGGGAUGGAGUUCGUGGGGCGGCCUCUGGGCAGAGGGACGCCGGCCGUGCUGGAGCUGACGACGGCCACGGCGGUGGUGGAAAUGUGGGCGAUGGACCUGGGACAGGCGACGGACACAGAGGCAGUGUGGGCUGUGGCGAGCCUGGCAGCGCGGCGAGCAGUGGUGACGGCGGCGGAGCAGGCGAUGGAGGCUGCGGAGGACACGGCCUUACUGCUGGCGCCGGUGACACUCGUGGAGGUGGUGCUCGAGCAGGAGGAUUUGGCGUUGCCGCUACCUCUGGUGGUGGCGGUGGAGGCAGUGGUGGUGGUGGUGGUGCCACACGUGUGGAAUUUGACCUGCGGGACGGAUACUCGGAUCGCUACGUCCAGCGAGACGACAACGUCAAGGAGAGGCUGGACCACGUCCUGCGAUGGAUCCUGCCGAACCGGUACAAGUUCGCCCUCGCCGGGGAGACUUUGCGGGACAGCGCUGCCAUCCCCAGCUUGCACACGGACGUGGUGACGUGGAGGGGCCACCUGACGAAGGUGGCCUGCACGCCGUACGAGCGACACGAGGGCUGGCUCAUGGCCGUCACGCUGCUGGCCGGCACGCGCUACAUGAGCGAGAUGGAGACGGAGGAGGCGCGACGGCAGCGGGGGACGCGGGACGCGCGCCAGCGCGAGAUGACCUAUUGGGGCUACAAGUUCGAGCAGUAUCUCUGUGCAGAAACCCCCGGAGGGAUUCCGGACCCCGGCGGCGUCGUCAACACAAAUGAGGCGUUCUGCACGGUGGUUCGGACCCGGCUGAAGAGCCACUCCCUUGUCUUCGCCGGCGAGGUCGACUGUCUCUCCUGCCACAAUGCCGAGGUGGACAAGCACCGCGAUGCCGAGCCGGCAACGCCAGCCCGUCGGGCCUCAGGGCAGAGGCCUCAGCAGCAGCAUUCCUCCAACUAUGUGGAGCUGAAGACCAGCCGCGAGUUGUACACCCCCAACCAAAGGCGCAAUCUGCACAGGUUUAAGCUGAUCAAGUGGUGGGCCCAGUCGUUCCUGGUGGGAGUGCCAAAAAUAGUGGCCGGCUUCCGUGAUGACGAGGGCGUGGUGCGGAGACUUCAGACCUUCGAGACCCUGCACAUCCCCAAGAUGGUCGCGGAUGACCAGGAGGCAUGGAAUGGCUCGGUUUGUCUCAAUUUUGUUGAGGCGUUUCUGACCUUCAUGAAGAAGGUUGUGACAAAGGAUGACCCAAAGACGGUGUACCUUUUCUCCUGGGAGCCAGGCCGCGACGUCACGUACAGCGUUCACCCUGACUCGGAGCUCGCGUUCCUGCCCGACUGGUACGUCAGCGAGAUGGUGAAGUCGUCGUGACUGGCGGAGAGAGAGAGCGUUGCCACCCUCUCGCCUGCCCAUCCGACUGGUGCCAGCGGGGACCGCCCAUCGCCGUCUUGUUCACCGAAGCCACGAGCAGAGAACGAUGGAGCGAGCGAGCCUAAUGGGGAUGGUGUCGCCACCUCCCUCUGUUCUCCGCUCUAACACGUCUUGACGACGUAAUGUCCACCCCCCUCCACUCCACCCCUCGCCACGGCCACCACCUGAUUUUAUGCAGGCGCCAGGUCAGGUGCUUUUAAUGACAUAAAUGCGAAUUGCAAUUAGUUGAUUAUGAGGGUGGCAUAAUUACUAAAUCGCAACUAAUGGACUAUAAAAUGGGACACUAUUUAAGAAGCGUUGCUUGGAGGGAAUCAAAAUAAGAGUUGUUGGGAGUGCAUUUUGCGCGAGAUAAUUCACCCCAGCACUUUUCUGUCUACCCUCCCGGCUGUAGAACCCCGGCAAAUGACCGCUGUUAAUGGUAAUGGAAAUUACGGCAAAUGGCCCGGGAAGAUUAACCGGAAGCGAAUGCCGAUGUAUAAAAUAUAAAAAAGCAACGAACUGAAAUGAAAGUACAUCGAUCCGUGGCAGCUUUUCGUGCGGAAGCGUUUGGGGGAGCUACCACUACUUAGAGGGUGAAGACAAACCGAGUGAGCGGUGGAGUACAGUCAUUCAUCCUGGACUACCUUAUAAGAGGGACACUCUUAUGAGUGUCGUGUCCUCGUACUGCAAGCGUCGUUUACAAGCAAACAGCAAUGAUUCUUAUGACGAUGUCUCAUCAAUGUGUGCGCUCAUGGCGUGAGGGCUGGUUUACGAGCAUUCCCUCCUUGCUGCGAAUGGACAUUUUCCCGAAGGGAGUGUCGUCAGCCGUGGUGAGACGCGCGUUUGAUGAGCGGUUAUUGAAAUGUCGCGAAGGAAUGCACCCGCGUCGGGAACAUUUGAACAUUUUCUGCAUUCAGUUUUUGUCACCAAGCCGAGUUCAAGUGGGCAACGAGCAAUGUGAUGGUGCUUUUCUCUGCUGGUGGCCCUGAGCCGGCAGUGUAAAUUCCACAUUCCCAUGGCAGGGGUCGGCCGAACACUCAUCUGGCCACAGUUGAUGGCCCACUUAAGUGGUACUCGUUUUAUCAACACUUGAGGGUUGAUAGACCAAGUCUUAAUUCCAACCAGGAAUUCAACUCGCGACUUUUAACUUAGAGCACCACCCAGCCAGUUAACACCUGGCUCAAUAGUCGUUCAUAGAAAUUAUAACAUGGACUACUUGUGUCUGUCCCAGCUUCUUGUUAAACAACUUGGCAACGCUAUGUCAGCACUGGUGGAAUCCCGAGCGAUAGUAAACUGAAAUACGUGUGUGUAAUAUAAAAUUAAAUGGCCACGAACAGAGAAUACGACGAUGCUGUGUCCGUUUCGUUCCAGAUCAUAAUUGAGGCAGUCGAAUAGAUCUGCUGGCGAUAUUAAUCCGGGAGUACAGCGGUGAUGCGUACCAAUGCAGGUGAUGAAGGAGUAGACGUGUGUACAGCUAAAUUACCUCUUGGUGAUCGCCGAUAAUUAUUACCGUAGUUAGUAAAUCGGCCCCAGUACCAAUUGUGAACGACCAGUUUAGGGACUGGAUGGCCGGAAAGCAUGAUUCCCACUGCAUGAUAAAAUAGUGCUCUGAAGUCGCACUGACAAAGCGAUCCAAAAUGGGUUUUGGA